AGGCGGAUCUCACCCACGCCUGCCAGCAGCUCCUCGGAGAACUGUGUUCCCGGGUCAGCCCUGGCCCAGAGGAGCGCCGGGGACCCGCAGAGUGCUGCUGAAGUCAAGGCUACAACUCACCUAGGAUCUGGGGCGCCAGCCCUCCGGUGGGCAGGGCGUUCUCCUCCCCCACCCCCUCCCCGCACGAUGACAUCAAGUGUUUGGGGUUGAGUUGCUCCAUAAAAGCUGCCCGAGGAAGCCAGGAGAGUGAAGGGCGGACGUACUCGCCACGGCACCCGGGCUGCGCGCACGCGGUCCCGGUGUGCAGCUGGAGCGCGAGCGGCCACCGGGAGCCCCCGGGACAGCCCGCGCCCGCCCCGCAGGAGCCCGCGAAGAUGCCCCGGCGCAGCCUGCACGCGGCGGCCGUGCUCCUGCUGGUGAUCUUAAAGGAACAGCCUUCCAGCCCGGCCCCAGUGAACGGUUCCAAGUGGACUUAUUUUGGUCCUGAUGGGGAGAAUAGCUGGUCCAAGAAGUACCCGUCGUGUGGGGGCCUGCUGCAGUCCCCCAUAGACCUGCACAGCGACAUCCUCCAGUAUGACGCCAGCCUCACGCCCCUCGAGUUCCAAGGCUACAAUCUGUCUGCCAGCAAGCAGUUUACCCUGACCAACAAUGGCCAUUCAGUGAAGCUGAACCUGCCCUCGGACAUGCACAUCCAGGGCCUCCAGUCUCGCUACAGUGCCACGCAGCUGCACCUGCACUGGGGGAACCCGAAUGACCCGCACGGCUCCGAGCACACAGUCAGUGGACAGCACUUCGCCGCCGAGCUGCACAUUGUCCAUUAUAACUCAGACCUUUAUCCUGAUGUCAGCACUGCCAGCAACAAGUCAGAAGGCCUCGCUGUCCUGGCUGUUCUCAUUGAGAUGGGCUCCUUCAAUCCAUCCUAUGACAAGAUCUUCAGUCACCUUCAACAUGUAAAGUACAAAGGCCAGGAAGCAUUCAUCCGGGGAUUCAACAUUGAAGAGCUGCUUCCGGAGAGGACCGCUGAAUAUUACCGCUACCGGGGGUCCCUGACCACACCCCCUUGCAACCCCACUGUGCUCUGGACAGUUUUCCGAAACCCCGUGCAAAUUUCCCAGGAGCAGCUGCUGGCUUUGGAGACAGCCCUGUACUGCACACACAUGGACGACCCUUCCCCCAGAGAAAUGAUCAACAACUUCCGGCAGGUCCAGAAGUUCGAUGAGAGGCUGGUAUACACCUCCUUCUCCCAAGUGCAAGUCUGUACUGCGGCAGGACUGAGUCUGGGCAUCAUCCUCUCGCUGGCCCUGGCUGGCGUUCUUGGCAUCUGUAUUGUGGUGGCGGUGUCCAUUUGGCUUUUCAGAAGGAAGAGUAUCAAAAAAGGUGAUAACAAGGGAGUCAUUUACAAGCCAGCCACCAAGAUGGAGACUGAGGCCCACGCUUGAGGUCCCCGGAGCUCCCGGGCACAUCCAGGAAGGACCUUGCUUUGGACCCUACACACUUUGGCUCUCUGGACACUUGCGACACCUCAAGGUGUUCUCUGUAGCUCAAUCUGCAAACAUGCCAGGCCUCAGGGAUCCUCUGCUGGGUGCCUCCUUGCCUUGGGACCAUGGCCACCCCAGAGCCAUCCGAUCCAUGGAUGGGAUGCACUCUCAGACCAAGCAGCAGGAACUCUAAGCUGCUUGCUGUAACUGUGUGAGAUUGUGAAGUGGUCUGAAUUCUGGGAUCAAACCAAGCCAUGCUGGUGGGCCAUUAAUUGUUGGAAAACACUUUCAUCCGGGGCUUUGCCAGAGCGUGCUUUCAAGUGUCCUGGAAAUUCUGCUGCUUCUCCAAGCUUUCAGACAAGAAUGUACACUCUCUGCUUAGAUUUUGCUUGGGAAACUCAACUUCUUUCCUCUGGAGACGGGGCAUCUCCCUCUGAUUUCCUUCUGCUAUGACAAAACCUUUAAUCUGCACCUUACAACUCAGGGACAAAUGGGGACAGGAAGGAUCAAGUUGUAGAGAGAAAAAGAAAACAAGAGAUAUACAUUGUGAUAUAUUAGGGAUACUUUCACAGUCCUGUCCUCUGGAUCACAGACACUGCACAGACCUUAGGGAAUGGCAGGUUCAAGUUCCACUUCUUGGUGGGGAUGAGAAGGGAGAGAGAGUUCCACUUCUUGGUGGGGAUGAGAAGGGAGAGAGAGCUAGAGGGACAAAGAGAAUGAGAAGACAUGGAUGAUCUGGGAGAGUCUCACUUUGGAGUCAGAACUGGAAUCACAUUCUGUUUAUCAGGCCAUAAUAUAAGGACAGAACAAUACAAUAUUAAGUCCAAAUCCAACCUCCUCUCAGUGGAGCAGUUAUGUUUUAUACUCUACAGAUUUUACAAAUAAUGAGGCUGUUCCUUGAAAAGGGGUUGUUGCUGUGUCCUGGAGGAGACGUGAGUUCCAAGAUGACCCAAUCUGCCUUUGAAUCUGGAGGAAAAGGGAAAAACAAAAUGACUCUAGAACUUCAUCUCUUUGGGCCAAAUUUCAUUUCAGCCACUUCUGCAGGAUCCCUACUGCCAACCUGGACUGGAGACUUAUCUACUUCUCUCUCUCUCUGAGGAGGUCAAAUCGUGGUUUAGAUCAAAUAUAUUUCAAGCUAUAAAAGCAGGAGGUUAUCUGUGCAGGGGCUGGCAUCAUGUAUUUAGGGGCAAGUAAUAAUGGAACACUACUAAGAUACUCCAUAUUCUUCCCCCUGAGUCACACAGACAGUUUCUGACAGGCGCAACUCCUCCAUUUUCCUCCCGCAGGUGAGAACCCCGUGGAGACGAGUCAGUGCCAUGACUGAGAAGGAACCGACCCCUAGUUGAGAGCACCUUGCAGUUCCCCGAGAACUUUCUGAUUCACAAUCUCAUUUUGACAGCAUGUAAUGUCCUCUUGAAGCAUAGCUUUUUAAACCUCUUUUUCCUUCUACUCCUCCCUCUGACUGUAAGAAUUCUCUCUUCUGGAAUCGCUUGAACCCAGGAGGCGGAGGUUGCAGUGAGCCAAGGUCACGCCACUGCACUCCAGCCUGGGUGACAGAGCGAGACUCCAUCUCAAAAAAAAAAAAAAAAAAAAUUCUUCUGUACCAUCACAACUUUUCACAAUGAUGGCAAGCCUUAUGUCUUGGGAGCCUGUUUUGCUAGGCAAAGUUACAAGUGACCUAAUGGGGGUUCAGAUGUGUGUGUAUCUCCCUGUGUGUUUGUGUGUGUGUGUGCACUCAAGACCUCUAACAGCCUCGAAGCCUGGGGUGGCAUCCUGGCCUUGCCAUUAGCAUGCCUCAUGCAUCAUCAGAUGACAAGGACAACCCUCAUGACGAAGCAACAUGAAUUAGGGGGCCUCUUGGCCUUGGUCCAAAAUUGUCAAUCAGAAAUGAACAUAAAGGGCUCCAGAGCAGAGGGACUGUCUGUCAAAAGACUGUAUAUCUUUUGUGGAUGAGUUUUGUGUGAGAACAGAGAGACCAUUGUACCUGGCACAAGGGCUGUUCAUGAAAAGGGAGACUUACUGGGAGGUGCAAGACAGUGGCAUUUCUCCUCUGCUCUUCCUGCUCAGCACAGCCCUGGCUUGCAGCCCCAAGGCUGAGACCAGACAAAGCCCAGGAGGCAGAAAGAUGCUCCAAGAACCAACACUAUCAAUGUCUUUGCAAAUCCUCACAGGAUUCCUGCGGGUCCAGCUUUGGAACUGGGAAACCUUUCUUCAGAUCCGCACUCAUUCCACUGACGCCAGCUGCCCUUGAAGGAUGCCAGUACUGUGGUGUGUGAGGCUCAGCAGCCGCCCACACGCUCCUAACUCUGCUGCAUGGCAGAUGCCUAGGUGGAAAUAGCAAAAACAAGGCCCAGGCUGGGGCCAGGGCCGUGGGGGAAGGCCCUGGAUUCUCACUCAUGUGAGAUCUUGAAUCUCUUUCUUUGUUCUGUUUCUUUAGUAUCAUCUGGUAAAAUAGUUAAAAAACAACAAAAAACUCUGUAUCUGUUUCUAGCGUGUGCUGCAUUGACUCUAUUAAUCACAUUUCAAGUUCACCCUACAUUCCUCUCCUCUUCACUAGCCUCUCUGAAGGUGUCCUGGCCAGUCCUUGAGAAGCACUGCUGUCUGUCUGCAGCACCCCUCAGUUCCUGUGCCUCAGCCCAUAGGCCACUGUGAUAAUGGUCUGUUUAGCACUUCUGUAUUUAUUGUAAGAAUGAUUAUAAUGAAGAUACACACUAUAACUACAAGAAAUUAUAAAUAAAAUGUUUUUCAUAUCA